AUGACGAAGACUUUUAUCAAGAACAUCAUAAAAGAUGAUAUUAGAGUUUCAACUAAGCAGAAAUCAGCUGAGGACAUUCAAGAUUUGUUUUUCAGAGAGUAUAAAGUUGACCUCAGCUACCAUCAAGCAUAUCGUGGACUGAAAUUUUGCAAAGAAUGUAUUUGGGGAGAUGAUAUCAAGUCGUAUUCUGACUUCUUGUGGCAUGAAGAAGCCGUGAAGCGUUAUAAUCCUGGAAGCGUCAUCAACUUUGAGUUUAAUUCUCAAAACCGGCAAUUUGAGAGGGGUGGUCUUAUGGUAGCUUGUGGGAAAACUGGGAACCAAGAGAUAUUUACAGUUGCCUUUGGGAUUGUUUCUGGCGAAAAUAGUGAUAAUUGGCGCUGGUUUCUGGAAAAUUUGAAGGGAACUGUCGAUGAUGAUCGUCUGUCGACCAUCAUAUCUGAUCGUGGAACUGGACUUUUGAACAUUGUUCCUGAAAUCUUUCUGAAUGCUUUUCACUCAUAUUGCUCGUACCAUAUGAAAGGCAAUAAUCCAGUUAGCAAAGGCAAGAGUAGACAAACUGCUAUUAAGUUGUUUGAGCAAUGCUACAGUGAUGUCACCAAGGAGAAAUUUUUGAAGGCAGUUUCAAGCAUGGUCAAUCUGAAGUUGUUCUCUGUUAUUGAGUGGAUGAACAAGAUCCCACUGAAGAACUGGGCUCCUCGAGUUUCUUGGGGAAAGGUAUAG